AAUAAAGACAAGUGAUAGAGACAUAAACUGAAACUCUUUUAUUAGCACUUGUGUUAGGCUUAUUAGUCCACUCAUAUUUUCAGGCACUUCUCUCAUUCAAGAGUAAUGGCAGAAGCAACAAAAGGGUAUGCUGUGGUCACUGGAGCAAAUAAGGGAAUUGGAUUUGCAAUAUGCAAGCAAUUGGCUUCUAAUGGGAUCACUGUGGUGUUGACAGCCAGAGAUGAGAAGAGGGGUCUUCAAGCUGUCGAGAAACUCCAAGAGCUUGGUCUUUCUGGCCAUGUGGGUUUUCAUCAACUUGAUGUUACAGACCCUGCAGGAAUAAGAUCACUUGCAGAUUUCAUCAGGAACAAAUUUGGAAAACUAGAUAUCUUGGUAAACAAUGCUGGAAUUCCUGGAGCACAAUUGGACGGGGAGGCUUUGGCUGCUGCUGGCAUUAUGGAAAAUGCUGGCCGCAUUGAUUGGAGUAAAAUAGUAACUGAUACCUAUGAAUUAGCUGAAGCAGGUGUUAAAACAAACUACUAUGGAGCCAAGGAAUUGACCAAAGCACUUAUUCCCCUUCUCCAGUUUUCAGACUCCCCAAAAAUCGUCAAUGUUUCCUCAUCCAUGGGAAGGCUAGAGCAUAUACCAAAUGGAUGGCCUAAAGAAGUACUGAGUGAUGUUGAGAACCUUACAGAAGAAAAGAUUGAUGACAUUUUGAAUGAAUUUCUAAAGGAUUUUAAAGAGGGUUCACUAGAAACCAAAGGCUGGCCUCUUGCUAUGCCGGCAUAUAGUGUCUCAAAAGCUGCUUUGAAUGCCUUCACAAGGAUUCUGGCCAAGAAUUACCCCUCAUUCUACAUCAAUGCUCUUUGUCCUGGCUAUGUCAAAACAGAUAUAAACAGCAAUACUGGUUUUCUUACACCUGAUGAAGGUGCUGAAGCUGCAGUGCGAUUGGCACUGCUACCUGAUGGUAGUCCUUCGGGUCAGUUUUUCUUUAGAGGUGAAGAGAAACCAUUUUGAUAAUAGAUAUAUUGUUGCUAGGAAAAAAAAGGUUAAUGAAUAAUUCAUGAAGCCAUGUUUGUUGCUAGAGUUUAAAAAACUUCACAUUAACUCUUGGUAGUCCUGUUUUAAAUUAGUUUUUCUUGUAAUAAACAUAACGAAUUAUGUCUAGACAUUAAUGAUGUUCAUCAUGUUCAAGCUAGUUUUACUUUCUAUCAAAUAAAUGAGCAAUGUUUAAAUUAAUGUAUCAA